CUUUUUAGGGAUUAAAGAGAGGUACUAAUUCGUUUGCUUGUCCGUUCCCGUGCUCCCGCCAUACCUCCCUUGCUCUACCGCCAUGGCGACCCUUAGAAAGCGAGGAAUCCUCUCAGAAUUAGUUGAAACCCCCCAUCACAAACCUCAGAGACGAUCUCCUCGUAGAGAUUUUGAUCCGACUUCCGAACCCAAGAUCUACCUGCCGCUGCAAACCCGUCUGCAAGCGGUGGAGCUCCAUCAUCUCCAGUCCGCACUUCAAUCGCCGCUUCAUUUCUCACCACCAGAACAAGAACGGAAGAGACCCACCUCUACUUUUUCGUUCGGAUGACCCGGAAUCGAUCAUCCUGAGCUUUCUCCCCGUGCCCGACGCAGGUCGACCGCGUUUCAUAGUCUGGGAUUCCUUCAAGGACUUGCUUUUAUGCGGGUUUCUGGAUUUUGAUCACAGUAACGAACUUGGAAGAUCGUACCUGAUAUGCAAUCCGUUUACGAAGCAAUGGAUCGCCCUUCCUUUAUCGCCUGAGAAGUCGAUGCGGUAUCUGGGAUCGGAUGCAAGGUUAGUUUGUGAACCACGUAGUGAUUCUAAGUGUGAUCUUGAUCUAGGAGAUGGCCAAGUAUUUGUUUAUUCUGAGUAUCGCUUCCGGGUCGUGUGUAUUUAUCAGUCGAGUGAACCAAUCAUGUCUAUAAAACUAGAUGUGUUCUGUUCGGAGUCUGGAGGAUGGAUCAAGGAGGCUCUUGUGCUUGAUGGUUAUUUGAAAGUGGUAUAUCACAAUGUAGUCUCGUGCAAUGGGGAGUUGUUUUGGACGCAUAUUCACUCCCAACAUAGGCCCUUAAUUGCCGUGUUUAAUCCUUUCCACCUUGAUAUACCUCCCACUUCUAUUGAUGCUGGUGUAUUGUUCAAGAAACCCUGUAGUAUUUCAGUGUCCCAAGGUGCUUUGCACAUAACUACACUACAAGUUGAAACUAAACUUGAUUGCUCGAGGUAUGUCUUGAGUGUUUGGAGACUAGAAGAAGACCGUAAAUCCUGGAAGAGACUAUCUGAAGUGUUGUUCAACACAUCAAGGUGUAACUAUGAUCUUAAGGAUCUUGUUACAAUUAAUCUGCAUCCAGAGAACCCGGAAAUUGUCUUCUUAGAAUAUCGUACUCGUAGUGUUCAGGGGUUUUGUACCUUGUCCUGCAAUAUGAGAAGGGGAGAGCUAGAGUUAUUUGCUGAACAAGGGAAAGUUGUACUUAAUUUGAUGGUGCUCCAACCAGCGGUCUCUUGCUGGCCUACUCCGAUUCCUAGGUACGAAGAAUUGGAAGGUAGCUACGAUGGGAGCUACAACUGUUUGGUUCGGAGCAUUGAAGCCACAACUUCCUCAGGAAUUUGGUAAUUACUUAUGCUUGGGAGAUUCCACCUUUUUUGUUACUAUCUUUUCUGCAAUUGCAUUUCUGCUAGGUUUAGGACGGACUGUUUAAAUGGAAAGGAACUUUUCCCUUUUCCCCGACAGAAUAAGGGGAGAUGUCUUGGUUGUGCUCUCUUACUUACCUACCUCAUGUAACAUAUUAAGUAGCACAAUCUAUCUCUCAUUCUCUGUCUAGUUGCUUGAGACUUUUGCUCUGUUUGCAAACUUAGCUGUCUUCCAAGCUAAACUUACUAACUCAUUUCUCCUGUGACGUAUUAAGUAGCAUUGCAUGUCUUUCUUGUUUCUAAUUGUCUGAGGCUUUUAUUAUCUUCCAAACUCUUCACUCUUGUAUAAGCUAAAUUUAACCAGAAUGAAGUUAUCCUUGUCAAGAUGCACUGAGAUAGCGUUUCUGUGUUCUCUCCAUUUAUUUCUGUGGUCCGAUUUCAUUUACUUUGUGGUUGGUUUGUUUGAUGAACCAACAGAUGAAUGCCAACCAGUUGAGGAGAGUUGAACAAUCUGGUCGAUGGAGGAAGGACAACAGAUCAGUGUCUCGCAUGAGGCAUUGUGUUAAGAAGCAGAAGAUGGGCGAAAAGCUCCUGUUCUAAGCAUGAUGCUGUGCUAGAAGAAAAUGAUUGAUGCAUUAAAGGUUUCGGAUCAAUCCGUAGAACCUGUUGAUGCACUCCAGGUCAUAAUGCACUUCUGUUGGAUGUUUGUGCUCUGUUCAACGAUGCUGAUGAGAAAAGCAAGAUUGAUCUCAUAGAAUGUGCAAGAAGUGGCUGCUAAGGGACCUCUGUGGAGCAGACUCUGCAUAGGGAUGCUGCUCCCCGCCCUGUAUUAUAUGUUGGCAGCCAUAGGUUUUUGGCUUUUUAAGAUUGUCUCCAGAUGGUAUUGUACUCUCGUGUAAUGCAAAGUAGUUGUACUGUGAUCGUUCUGUUCUUAACCGCCUACAAAGAGUUAGAUUCAUUAAUAGAAAAGGUUUAUCUCGUUUCUUCUGCUAAGAACAUCCAUAUCAAUGCAAUUGGAAAAUCAAUUGCAUAUGUUAUUCCGAUUGUACUCUCAAAAUUUUUACAAUCUUACUCGUACUAAUUUCAAAUCAAUUGCAUGUUAUUCC